UGCAGCCAUGGCUGCAAUGAUUCCUGCAUGGGAAAUCCAAGAGGAAUCCAAAUGUCCCAUCUGCCAGGACUAUCUCACAGACCCAGUGAGCAUAAACUGUGGGCACAACUUCUGCCGAGGCUGCAUCACUCAGUACUGUGAGACAUGGAGAAAGCUGGGCUCUGACCCCUUGUGCUGCCCCAGCUGCAGAGCCCGAAUCCAGAAAGGGGCCCUCCGGAGUAACUACCAGCUCGCAAAUAUUGUGGAAAAACUCAAAAAACUGGAUCUCAGCCCAGGCAAUGAGAAUCUGUGCGGGAGACACGGCAAAGGCCUGGAUCUGUUCUGCGAGGAGGACUGGGAAGCCAUGUGUGUGGUUUGCUGGAGAUCCUCCGAGCACAGAUCUCACAAGGUGCUACUCCUGGACGAGGCUGCCCAGCCACACAAGGAAAAACUCCAGACCCAUGUGGCGACUCUGAAGGAAAGGAGAGCAAAGCUGCUGGGGUUAAAGGAGACCAGUGAGCAGAGAAGCCAGCAGUAUCUGAAACAGACAGGAGCAGAGCGGGAGAAGAUUGUGGCCGAGUUUCAGCAGCUGCGGCAGUUCCUGGAGGAACAAGAGCGACUCCUGCUGGCCCAGCUGCAGAGGCUGGAUGAGGAGAUUAGGAGGCUCCACACUGAUACUGUCACCAAACUCUCGGAGCAGAUUUCCCGUCUCAGCGAGCUGAUUGGGGAGCUGGAGGGGAAGUGUCAGAAGCCAGCGAGUGAAUUCCUGCAGGAUAUCAGAAACACCUUGAGCAGGUGUGAGGAGGGGCAGGCCCAGCAGCCAGAGGAGAUGGCUCCUGAACUGGAGGCGCGAGUCCAGGAUUUCUCCCAGCAAACUACUGCUCUGUCAGAGAGUCUGAGGAUGUUUGGAGCCACUCUGCCAGCUGCACUGGAGGCACAAAGAGGAUACAGCCCAG